AUGGUAUUGUCAGCAUUAAGUAGACAUUGCUAUCACUUACAAACAGUGACACGUCUGUCUUGGACAAGACUACCCAUUCAUCAUCACUUUGCAAACGGCAUCAUCAGACAUGCAUCCACUUCAGCCGCAGCAACAGCAACAGGAGCAGCAACAGUACUAUCUGCAUCGAGGAAUAGGAUCAAAGUGAACAAAACAACAACAACAUCAUCAACAACGGUGGCUGCUACAGCAAAGACUACUGUUGUGAAUGUGAAGACUGAGCCUGACGUCUUGGAGACAGACUCUGAAGAAUCAAUCGCAAGGAGGAAGAGACUCAAGAUGAAGAUGACCGAAGAGUUGGAUGGCGAAAAGGAUGUACCACCAACAUUGGAUUAUGGACAUCCGGGUAGUGCAGCACUCACACCUGCAAUGAUGCAGUAUCAUCACUUCAAGAAGAAGUAUCCCAAUCAUAUAUUGCUGUUCAGAAUAGGUGACUUUUAUGAGAUGUUCUUUGAUGAUGCUGUCACUGUAUCAUCACUGCUACACAUCACGCUGACCACUAGAGGUGUCAAGUCUGCCAAGACCGACACACCAAUGUGUGGCUUCCCUCAACAUGCUGCCGACACCUACAUCGAAAAGUUGAUCAGACAUGGAAAGACCGUGGCCGUAUGCGACCAAGUUGAAGAGAUCAAGCAUGGCAAAGCAGUCAGCGGCAACAAGGUUGUGAAGCGUGAUGUUGUGCGAGUUGUAACACCUGGCACAGUGUUUGAAGACAGGUUCCUUCAACCAUUCAACAACAACUUCUUGAUGUCAAUAGCUCCAGCUGGAAUCAAACCUGCCGCACUCUCUGUCAUGACCCCAACACAAUCACUAUCACCAACCCAACUGUUCUCCCUUGCGUGGCUAGACCUCAGCACAGGUCACUUCUUUGUUUCAGAGACAACACUUGACUCACUCUCUGGUGAGUUGUAUCGCGUAUCACCUAGCGAACUAUUGCUGCCACAGUCACUGGCAGCCAAUGAACAGCUGUCUACAUUGCUCAAACCUUAUCAUGUCACUGUUCAAGAUGCUACAUCAUUCAGCUUGGACAACAAUGCCAAGAUGUUUAACGAGGCCUAUGAGAUUGAGCCCAAUGACGUCGUGGAGGAGUUCCCAUCGAUAACAAAGCAUCAACUGGGCGUGGUCGGCUCAGUACUCAACUAUGUAUAUAAUACUCAACUUGGCAAGAUACCUCACAUUGAUCAGCCACAACUAUUCUCAGCGCAGACCUCCAUGUUCAUUGACUUCUCCACCAGGAACUCAUUGGAGAUAUCAAAGACCUUCCAAGGACUGAGGAAGGGCAGUCUACUCGACACAAUCGACCGAACACUCACAUCAACCGGCAGUAGGUUGCUUCAUUCAAGGAUACAGUCACCUUGCCUCUCAAUCAAAGAGAUUGAACAUCGAUUGAAUGCCGUGGAGUUCUUUUAUCAUCGACCGGAGUUGGUUAGGGACUGCAGGAGACUGUUGUCAAAGUGCUACGACUUGGAGAGAUGUCUACAACGUGUGUUCAUUGGUCGUGCUGGUCCUCGUGACCUCGCUUCAAUUGGUGCAACACUAGUCGCUGCCACAAUGCUCAAACAAAGAUUGAUCGAUGCACUACAGACUAGCACUGAUGCUGCGUCUGCUGCUGCUGCACAGGCAUCGACGAAGACCAAGGCAUCAUCAAAAGUAAAAGUAUCCCAUGAUCCUAUACUAGAGGUGGCACAAUCACUGGUCGAUCAGAUAUCAGACUUUGAUGGAUUGUUGGCCACAUUAUCAGAGGCAUUGGUUGACAAUCCACCAUAUUUGGUCAGUGAUGGAGGAUUCAUUCAGAGAGGAUAUUCAAAGGAGUUGGACGACACGAUGACAUUACGCGACAAGAGCAAGGACAUCAUUGACAGCAUACAGGCAAAGUACAGGAAGCAGCUGGGCAUCCCCUCGCUCAAGAUCAAGCACAAUCAAACCAUUGGAUACUUUGUGGAGAUAAUGUCGCAGAAUAGAGAAAAGGUGCCCAACACAUUCAUACAUGUACAGACACUCAUCAAUCACAUGCGAUUCAAGUCCAAAGAGAUGAUUGAGUUGGAGGAGCGUAUAAACAGGGCGUCGUCCGAGGCAUUGGAGAUUGAACAGACAAUAUUCAGACAACUAUGCACUGUUCUAUCUUUGGACUAUGGUGAUAUGAUCAAGUCAACAAGCAAGGUAUUGGCCACAAUAGAUAUAUCAUGUUCAUUUGGACUUAUUGCCAAGGAGAGAGGUUACAACAGACCAAAGCUAACUGAGAAACCAAUAUUGAACAUUGAGGGUGGAAGACAUCCAACAGUGGAGAUUGCAAAGAUGGAGAAAGAGGGUUCAAUCAAAUCAUUCAUUACAAAUGAUUGUCACUUGGAUUACAACAAGGACUCUUUGUUGUGGCUUAUCACUGGUCCAAACAUGGGCGGAAAGAGUACAUUCUUGAGACAGAACGCAUUGAUAUCAAUAAUGGCACAAGUUGGAAGCUUUGUACCAGCGGACAAGGCAGAGAUUGGAAUCAUUGACAGUAUAUUUAGUAGAGUUGGCUCCUCAGAUGACCUGGCUAAUGACAAGUCAACGUUUAUGGUCGAGAUGAUUGAGACUGCAUCAAUUCUCAAGAAGGCCACUUCCAAAUCCUUUGUGAUCAUGGAUGAGGUGGGCAGAGGUACCAGCACAUUGGAUGGACUGGCAAUCGCACAGUCUGUCAUCGAGCAUCUCUAUCAUGGCAUCAAGUGUCGCACACUAUUCGCCACACAUCAUCACGAGCUCACAAAACUGUCACACACAAUGAAGAAGAUCAAAUGCCAUGCUUUGGCCGUCAAGGAAGACGAUGGCGAAUUGCUAUUCACGCACAAGAUCCUUCCAGGCAUCUCCAACAAGUCCUACGGUAUCUUUUGCGCCAAACUAGCUGGUAUCCCAGACCAAGUGAUCAAGCGUUCACAGGAGAUACUUGCCACUCUGGAGUCGUCUUCGAAAGAAUAA